GUCUUUCUCAUUUCAAUGAGGAGACUGUGAGAGGAGGGGAGGGACGUGCUCGUGCGUGUGUUUUUUCUUUAACUAGUUGACACUAGCCAGAGGAGACGGCAGCAUCCUCUGUCCCGCACCAUCUUCAAAUUUUGCGUUAUGAUAUAAAUAGUCCUUCAUAUGAACGCCAAAGGAUCCGCAUUCUUAAAGCAAUCUGUUCCAUCCCUUUUUCCACGCGUUUUCUUCAAUGCUUUGACAUCUGGAAUGUGCUGUUUUCUUGCAAGCGUUGUUUCCAUGCCAGCAUGGGAACUGCAGUGUCUAAAAGGAAGAAUCUGAGAAAUGAUGCGAUUUCUUCGGUGGCAGCCAAAGUUAGAGCAGCUCGUGCAUUUGGAGAGUACCUUCACACCCAUCCUGAGGACUGCAACGGAUCAGAUCACUUACUGUCUGACACCCUCGUUGGCCGCGACUCUGAUUCCCCAGACAGCCUGUGUGCACAGAACAACAACUUCCACAGCUGCACCCUCCAGGGCUCUUCCAUCAGCGACGACCCCAGCUUGAUCAACUCUCUCUUGGAACCGCCACCUCCGACGACUUCCUCCAAGAGCCGACUCUCCCUAGAGCGCAGCUUCUCAGCAGAGGAAGACCAGCAGAAGUGUGUGGAGUGCUCCCUGCAGCCUGCCCGGGUCUAUACCAUCACUGGAGAGAGCGGCAUGCUGGGAACCAGCCGGGGAAGCAAGGAGAACCUGGAGCUUGAGGUCUUGAAAGAGGGGCGGGAGGCGUGUCAUGGCCAAGUACUUGCCCAGCCCUCUACGUCCUCCAACUCGUCAUCUCCGACUCAGCGCCACCACCACCAUGGAAGCGGAAGCGGAAGCGGAAGCGGAAGCGGAAACCACCAUCACGGCAACCACCAUCAUGGCAACCACCAACAUGGCGGAAAUGGCGGAACCAGUGGAAGCAGCCCCCACCAGCACAUAUCCGGUGCUGGAACGUCGCACCAUCAACAGGGGGCAUCCCAUCACCACCACCACCUUUCCCAGCCUCUGCAGAGCUCAGUCAGCGCGCACAAUAUUCGCGGCUGGGGGGAGGGAAAGGACUGUGGCCUGGCGUGUGAGUCCUGUCCUGGGGCUCCGUCCCGCAGCCAGGGGUCCCUGGACCUGGAAAGCAGCACCCGAGAGGCAGGCAAGCAGCGCCGGCCACCACUAGAGCGGAUGUGCAGUGUGGACCGCAUGACUGGGCUGGAGAGAGACGAUAACAGUUGGUUCCCUAAAGAGAACAUGUUCAGCUUUCAGACUGCUUCCACAACUAUGCAGGCGAUUUCGGUUUUCCGGAGUCUAGCAGAGAGAAAGAGGAGAAAGAGUGAGGUGGAGUCAUCUGCCGUCAUCCAGAGGUACUUUGUUGAAGCCCUGUUAUUUAUCGCUGCCUUUAUUCUUCUCAUUCUGUACCUGGCAUUUAACUCUGGACGAGUGGGUGGAAUUGGAGGAGUGGUCGCUCCAUAUAUGGUCCCACUGGGUUUCCUGCGCGGACCCUCACACACUACCAUAAACACUCUUCAAGCCAUCGUGUCUUUCUCAUUUCAAUGA